AUGCUGCGACCGCCGAAUUCGCUGUCCGGUAUGCCUUCACAUCGGUGGCUGUUUGAGCCCUCAUGUUGGGCCUCUUUUGCUGCCAGUACAGUAAUCCGAUUCAUACUUAUGCUGGAUCUCAACAAACGGGUCUAUAAUCAUACUCCAGGACCCUGUCGGGUUGUCAGUGGCAUAAGUGAUGGUGCGGCUGGCCUCGAAAUCGUUACCGAAGUCGGCUUGGUUUUUAUUACUACGGGACUCGCACGGGCUUACGGUAAUCUGACGUUACGACCCGGUUUGGCAGUGCUCCAGCUCGAGAAGGAAAUGGCGAAACAUGAAGCGAAACCUAUUUCGAAUUGA